UGUUCGGUGAUGUUACAAUUUAAUACACGAGGGUUUUAUGAAGUGCUCAUAUAGCCUGUCUGGUUGGGAAUCCGAUUGCUUGUCAGUAACGUUACAUGUUGAUUUUUAAGCCAUUGAAGAAAGUAAACCUGAAUUCCCACAACCCUAAUAACAAUGUCGUCGACAUCACAAAAACACAAGGACUUUGUGGCCGAACCCAUGGGGGAGAAGUCUGUGAAUGCACUAGCAGGAAUUGGGGAAGUUCUUGGUAAAAGAUUGGAAGAUAAAGGUUUCGACAAGGCAUAUGUUGUCCUAGGACAGUUUCUGGUUCUGAGGAAAGACGAGGAGUUGUUUCGGGAAUGGUUGAAGGAUACAUGUGGUGCCAACACCAAACAGCAAGGCGACUGUUAUGGCUGUCUGCGAGAGUGGUGUGACUCUUUCCUGUAGUUCACUCUUCUGUUAUUGUACUUCGAUUUUUUUGUUUUUCCCCCUUGUAUGCUGUAUACCUAUACCUCAAUAUAACAAUUAGACUUUUCUGACAUUAUUUUUGGACGUAUCAAUAGAAAAUCUUGGUCCAGAAUUGCAGAAGCACUAGAAUGUCUCUAGAUAGACACUCGUUAGAUCACUGGUCCUUUUUUGUGUUCAAACAUUAUUGACACUGGAUCUUUAGUUUUCACAGAAUAACACAAAUUAUCCAAAAAUCUGUUCAUCAUAUGCAGUUUGCUUCCAGACUACAUAUGUGAUUGUGCAGUAGAGUAAAUACACAUUCACUGGGCACAACACAGACCCCACUUUCUGUUUAUGAUGCCGUUUGCAGGUUUUAACUGAUGUCCAAAUGUGUCACACCGCUAAUUUGGGGUUUUUUUAAGGUUUGUGAACUUGUCACUGUUCUCUAAUGUGUAUUAGGAUCCUGUGCAUAAUGAUGUCAUAUGGUUUUUAAUGCUCCCCAACCCCUAAAUUGCCUUAAUAAAAAUAUGGAUUUGUUUUAACUGUG